UUCCCUCUCCUAUCCACCCCGAGACAAGUGUCCAGAGAGGGAGAGGGAGAGGGAGAGGCAGAGACAGGCAGGUCCAGCUCUCGCGCUCAGGCUGCGGCGAUGUGUGAUGCUUGAGCAGGUGCUUGACUACUGGUUCCUGGCGAAGGAGGCGGUAUCGGGGAUGGGACUCUGGGGCUGGCCGUGGGGGCGCCGGGGCCCGUCGGGCUUCGGCUCGGCCUCCACCGCCGAGGAGGUCACCGCCGGCGUCGACGCCAGCCAUCUCACGGCCAUCGUCACAGGAGCAACAAAUGGAAUUGGAAAGGAAACAGCCAGAGUUCUAGCGCUGAGGGGAGCGGAAGUGAUCAUACCAGCAAGGACACUGGAGAGCGGCCUGAAGGUGAAAGAGAGCCUUGCUGAACAGGUUCCGGGCUCCAAGCUGCAUGUCAUGGAGAUGGACCUGAGCUCUCUCAGCUCCGUCCGCAACUUCGCGCAGUCCUUCAAUUCGUCUCAUAAGCACCUGAACAUCCUCAUAAACAAUGCAGGGAUUAUGGCAUGCCCUUACCAGCUGUCCGAGGAUGGGAUUGAACUGCAGUUUGCAACGAAUCAUCUCGGCCAUUUCUUGCUGACGAAUCUCCUACUCGACAAGAUGAAAUCAACUGCCAGUCAGACUGGUGUGCAAGGCAGGAUCAUAAACGUAGCUUCUGUUGCGCAUAAAAGAAGUGAUGGUACAUGCUUUGAGCUGGACAAGCUAAACGAUAAGGCUAGGUACAAACCAUUCAUUGCAUAUUCACAUUCCAAAUUGGCCAAUAUUCUUCAUGCAAAUGAGCUGUCUAGGCGUUUUCAGGAAGAAGGAUGCAAUCUGACAGCAAAUUCCCUGCAUCCUGGAGUAAUCUUCACCAAUAUCGUCCGGUACAUUGCAGGAAACAGUGCGCUACUCUCAGUUGUCUCCCCUGUGGCAAAACUUGUUCUGAAGGGCGUACCCCAGGGAGCUGCAACUACUUGCUACCUGGCAUUGCACCCUGAUCUGAAAGAUGUAUCUGGCAAAUACUUUGCGGAUUGCAAUGAAGCAACACCGACCCCAGUCGCAAGAGAUGCAGAGCUGGCAAAGAAGCUAUGGUUAUUCAGUGAAGAACUUUUAGGGGCCAAUGCGGUGCAGGAAUAUCAUGAUUCAUGACUGCACUAGCAUAUUCAUGAAUAAAGUCAUUUAGGAGAUAUCUGAAAAGAAAGUUUUUUUUGGGGUCCCUGGACAUUGUAAAGGCGCUCUAGGAAUUACAGGGUCGAGUUUGAGUGGCCAACUUUCCUUGGAUGCUUGCUCAUGGUGUUGUGCAGAAUUAAAGCAACAAAAUAAGAUCUAGAAUGAAUUCUAAUGAAUUAUUACAAAUCCAACAUUUGGUGA